GUCAAGAACUUGAAAGCAGCAUGCCAUUUUCAGUUCCAAUUCACCCGCUGUCGCCUCAAUUCCUAUGACGUCGAGGGAUGGCAACUGGGCAAACCAGCACAUCCCACACACAUUUCUUGCCUACCAUUUCUGAAACAUCGAACAGUGAAUAUGCUCCCCCACCAUUUGCACAUGUACAUAUACCGUUGGUUCCUUUGCGUCGUGCAACCCCAUUGAAUGAUUUUAUUAAUAUUAUUACCCAUUUGAGCUCUUCCCAACUCCAGUAGAUACCUUCUUAGUCAAGAGAUCCCCUCGCCGCCGACAUGACAGUACAAGAAGAGAUUCUACAACAAGAAAGUAACACAACACCCGACAGUUCCCCGUCACAUCCGGAUCGCAAUGCUUCCUGGGAUAAGGCAGCUGGCGAGUUCGCGAGCCAGGUGGAAAAGCUAUCGCAUCAGCACCCGUCUGAGAGUGACGGCGAUGGUAUCGCGGUCGAGGCACGAUUCGUGACUCCCCAGGAUCCGGUGCUUGUGACUUCUGAUGGCAACCGUCUGCCUCCGGUGCCCUUAGAAGAAGCUCACAAGUUGAAUGUGCUAAGGGAGGAACUGAAGGAUCACCGACCGACGACACUCCCGGCUAGUGAGAGGGAGGGCCACGGUUCCGACGAAGCCGAGAUUGGACCAGCAACAGACCAUGUGGCUAGGAUUGCGGCAGAGAAGGCAAAGAAAGGGGGCCUAAAAUCACCAGACGGGAGUCUAAGGCGGUCGAUGCCCCCGACGCAUACGAACCCCUUAUUUCCACCUUUACCACUCUACGGGCCCCCGUCUCUACUCAGGAACAUCCAGUGCCGCGUCUUUCAGAUAUCGUCUUUCUUCCUCAGCCUAGCGUUUCUAGAAGUCAUCGUCCUCGGUGCACUCUUUACCAGCAUCGGGCCGUGGCUGAAGCGCCGAUGGCAGCGGCUAACGUUCCGAAAUCCAGACGCCGCCCGGCCGUUUUACGAGGAGGAAAUGAAAGAGAAAAAACAAAGAAAAGAAAAAGAACGGGAAUGGAUGCGCAGACAAGCCCCUUCGCCCUCGCAGGCAUCCGAAGAGGGCAUCAGCGCGGACGGGGAUGGUUUUACGCCUACCGAGGGCGGUCCGGACCCGAUUGUGUGUGACCCAGCCUACUACGCCCGCCGUGUCGGGCUUGACAUGGAGAUUUUCCAAGUCCAGACCGAAGAUGGCUUCAUCAUCGAGCUGUGGCACGUCUACGACCCGAAAGAGUACCAACCUCUACCCCCAGAAGAACGAGCCCACGGCGAGCCCGAGGCAUUCAGGGAUCCUAAACAAAAACACACCAACACCAACACCACCAACAACACCGGCUCACCUAAUCAGAAACCCAAAUUCCCCGUUCUCCUCAUGCACGGCCUCCUGCAGAGUUCGGGGGCCUACUGCGUCAACGACGACGCCUCGCUGGCCUUCUACCUCUGCAAGUCCGGCUUCGACGUAUGGCUAGGCAACAACCGAUGCGGCUUCCAACCGCGGCACGCACUGCUCGACUACGCCGACCCGCGCAUGUGGUGCUGGAACAUCCGCCAGAUGGGAGUCUUCGACCUACCCGCGCUAGCGGCACGAGUCCUUUACGAGACGGGGUUCGCACGGCUCGGACUGAUCUGCCACUCGCAGGGCACCACACAAACACUCGUCGCGCUGGCCAAGGAGCAGCGGCCGGCGCUGGGGGAGCGGCUGACGGUGUUCUGCGCGCUGGCGCCCGCGGCGUACGCCGGCCCGCUCAUCGGCAAGAUGUACUUCAAGUUCAUGCGGGUCAUCACCCCCGCCAUGUUCCGGCUCAUGUUCGGCAUCCACGCCUUCAUCCCGCUCAUGAUGGCCACCCACCGCGCCCUGGCCCCGCGCAUCUACGGCUGGCUGGGCUACAAGGUCUUUUCCUUCUUGUUCAACUGGUCCGACACCCGCUGGGACCGCGGCCUGCGCGACCGCAUGUUCCAGUUCGCCCCCGUCUACGUCAGCUCCGAGUCCAUGCGCUGGUGGCUGGGGCGCGAGUGCUUCGCCCGCCACAAGUGCAUCCUGGCCACCAAGGAGGAGUGGCGUGCCGAGGAGCGCGAGGAUCACGAGCGCGAGCAGCAGCAGCAGCGUCGGCGCCGGCGCUCUGUCCUGGCCGCCGACGCGGCGGACGACCGCGAUGCUGAGGUGGGGCAGCAGCAGGCGGCCGCCGGCGAGAAGUCGGAGCAGCCCUCUCCCGCCGCCGCCGCCCCCCCCGCCGAGGCGCACAAGAAGAAGCCGCGUGGGUCGACGGCGUGGUACAACCACCAGGCGCCGCCCUUCGCGCUGUGGGUGUGUGGCAACGACGCGCUGGUGGACGGCGGCAAGCUGCUGCGCAGGUUUGAGCGCGGCCGCGAGCCCCAUGUCAGGGUGGUGCACAGCAAAGUCAUCCCCGAAUAUGAGCAUCUGGAUGUCAUCUGGGCUAUGGACGCUCCGGAACAGGUGUUUAAGGAGGUCCGGGAGGUGUUGUGGAAGACGUGUGAUGUGAGGGACGUGUGCCGUGUUCCCAGGGGCUGUGAGGAGGUGGAGGCGUGGGUGCCGCCGGAAAGGGGAGGGGAGGAGGAGGAGGAUUUGGUGUCGAGCAGUAGCGAGGAUUUGUGAUGGUCAUGUUCGAGGGGGUGUCAUAAUUUCCGAGCAUGUUGUUGGUGGGGGGAACCAAGGAAAAGAAUACUGGUGAGUGAGGGGAUACGCUGUGAUGGAUAGACCAUCGGCAACAAUGGGAUGUGUUUGGGUUAGAAUAAAAAGGGGUGAUAUAGCCGGCGGCUUUUCCCAUAGAGAUACAUGAUUAGAACGCUCGCUGAGAGAUUGCAGCCCCUUGCUGGUAAUUCUGUUGGACCGUGGGACAAUAGACAAGCACGCCGAGACGAGACUGGUAUCGGUUGCACACAC